GCCAGGAUGAGCACUAGGCUGACUCCAGCAAGAGCGAGCUCUGCAGCCAGGCACUGUGAGAGCAGUUGGGAAGGAAAAAUAGGAAACAUCCGGUUUUGCUGUCCAUGUGCCUGCUGACCAGGUUUCAAGAGCCACAAGAACCUGUGACCAGAAAACACCUUGACGAUGACAAGGAAGAUCUUCACCAACACCAGGGAGCGAUGGAGGCAGCAAAAUGUCAACAGCGCCUUUGCCAAGCUGAGGAAACUCAUCCCCACCCACCCGCCAGACAAAAAACUGAGCAAGAAUGAGACACUCCGGUUAGCUAUGAGAUACAUCAACUUCCUCGUCAAGGUCCUGGGGGAGCCAGGCCUGCAGCAGACAGCAGUGGUGGCAGGGGGCAGCAUCCUGGGGUUCUUCCAGCAAGCCCCAUGCUUGCAAAGCAUGGAGGAGCUGACACUGAUUGAAAACUGUGGUGUGUCCUCUCCCGGCAUGAGCAGCAAUAUAGUAGAGUGUUGGUCAGAGACAUCAUCUCCCUAGCAGACAAUGAGACAUGCAGUCUUGGUGUUAGUCUGAUAGACCGUCUCUUUUUGCAAAAUCUGUGGGUUGUUCCUCUAUGUAUUGUGAUUAUUUACUUAUAUUUAUUACUGGUUUAUUUGGUAUGCAUUUUUAUUUAAUAGGAAAGGAAAUCCUUGGUCAGCCAACAACCUGGAAGACCAGACAGAGAACUUGCAGCCCCUGGGAACUGGGAAUGACUCACUGCUGUCACAGCAGAGUCCAAGCCAGAAGGGCCUUCUGCCCUGAUCUCCUCCAUAAAUCACGCCAUAGAAAGUCAUCCAGUGUUUCUGGUAGGGAAAGAGAUUGUUCUCCCAUGCUAUUUCAAGGAAACACUACUGAGCUUAAGAAUGAUGACUGCACCACAAAUUUGUCCAAGACAGACAUCUGGCCUCAGUAGUGAAAGAUUUGGAGACGUGAUAUUUGCCACAGUCCUCCCCCAGUGGUUCCAGAGGCUAACUGCACUCACUCUUGAGCUUGUGAAUCUUAUUUCCAGCUUGAUUCUUUUUUUUGAAAAUACAAGUCCUAGCCCUUGAACCUGGCUACAUCUUUCUCAAUCAGACUGGAGGGAUCCCUAGUGUCAGAGCAAAAUGCAUUAAACAAACUUGAACAUUAGGUUAAAGCAAAAAUGCUAAUUCAAAAUAAAAGAAGACAUAGUCAUAGAUGAGUUUCAGUGUGUUCAACAGGCAGAGCAAACCUCCUCCGUAGCAGUCACAGUGUGCAUGUGAAAGAAGCUGUUCAGCUACCCUCCAGCAGCCUUAAAAGCCCAUCAAACAGGUUGGUGGCUAAAUGUCUUUGCCCUUCAACUGCUGCAGUAAUGGGGAAGGACUUCUUUUGGGAGGGAGGUGCCAGGAGAAAGGCCUCCAUGAUGCACUGUGAAAACCUUCCUGGAAGUGCCAGUGAGCAGUGCCCAUUCCUGUGCCAGGGUGCAGAAGCAGCUGGAGCAUGUCAGGGCCUGGCAGAAGCUGCUGGGCAUGCACCAUGGGUGCACCAUGGUGCCCCUUCAGCACAGCACUGUGUAUCACGGGUCUUGGGCAUCGAGUUCCUGAACCAGCCCUGCUUUUGCUGCCAUGGGAGGCAGAACCGAGCUGCACACAUCCUUGCUGUCACCUGUAAGACCCUGGUGCUGUGAUGCUAGGCUGUGUGAAGUUGGAUUAUGUCUGCCCCAAGUGGGGUACCAAGACCAUGGUCAAGACUAGGGCCAUGCUGACUGUGUACCCAGCUGACUGCCUUUAAACUCCCCGCUUUCAAGUGCUGUAGUUGAGGUUCCUCCAUCUGGACACUGUUCCAAAUGGGCUGAUGGAGCAAGGACAAAGAAAUUGGUGUAAAUGUCUUCCCAUUUGAUUCAGUGGGUCAGUUCCCUGUAGGGAAUGCCAACCACCAUGCUGUAGGUGUUUAGAUGAUAAGCAGGAUGAAAAGAGUUUUCACGAAGGUGGGUUUUGCCCACAAAUCAAUUUAAUUUCCUGAUCGAGUUAUAACCUGUGCCAGCAAAGGUCUGGACUGCUCAUGCAAGUUAUAAAGCUGCCUAGAGCAACAGAAAAAAUGACCAGGUUUAAGUAGAACUGCUUCCUCAUCAGAUCCUGCUCCCACUGACACAGGUCCUUUUGACUUCCAUGUGGACCAAGGUACAUGUCAAUGCUUAGAAAAGACAACUAUUCACCACUGGUGAAGAAAUGGAGCUCCCAUGUGCCAAGGCAUGUCCCUGGGCUGUUUCUGUUUAUUCAUGAGACAAUGAGCUUCCCUCAGGAAGCAGAGAUAGAGUUUGUUCGUGUAACACGUACAGGCCUUCUGCAUGAAGGGAUUUGGCACCCAAAGCUGGGCUGCCUUUUAAAGCCUCACCAACUACCAGGUGCACCAAAGAAGCCAGGGCUGGCUCCUUCUGAGCAUGUACUAGGCUGUCCUGUGCAUUGACAAAGACCAAGGUCAGACAGGAGCACAUCUUACCCCAUCCAGGGCUGGUGCUGUAAGGUACAGGCAUGCCAGUGGACAGAGUUUGACCAAAAGGAAAAAAAAAAAAAUUAAAGGGUUCAUGGUGAUUUCAUUUUCUUUCCGAACACUGCUAAUCUUCAGUUUGCUUAUCCCUGCUUUUCUGAGCUGUCAGAGCUGAGGACUGCACUGGAGAGCAGCUCAGUGGAAACACACCAAGACUUUUGCACGGUUCGUGGAAUCAGUACUGCUUUCUCCCCACCUCUGCCCCCUUUAAUGUUACUGAAUGGAGUCAAAGUCUCUUCUGCACAGUGCUUCAAAGGUAAUGAGCCAAGUCCUCCUCCUAGGUUUCUGUUGACUUGCUGGGAGUUACAGCAGGAUAAAUUAGUCCAAGUAAAUCAGAGCACUUACUGGUAAAGUGUGGUGGUGCUAUUUUUUCUAUCAGCCACUUGCUAUCCUAGGUCACCAAGGCAAGCCAAAACAUUUUGUGAGCAGAGUUAUUGUCCAGGGAAGGGGUAAGAAAACCUGGCAAUUUUGUAAUGUAACAUGCUUGUUAUAUUUUGUACCCUAAAAAGCUUCUCUUGUUACUGCUUUGGUUCAUAUCAGCACUUUCUUUGUUCUCCUUUCCAUUUAGGAGCUCCCUACUCUCAUGUUCAGCAUGUAUUUCACUAGAUCUAUCUACCAAAGAUUCUGUUUUUUUUUCCAAGUUUCCUCUUUGUAUUUUGUGGAUUUCUUAUCUGUAUGAUCAUGAACAAAUAUGGUGUAACUGACCACAUUUUGUGCUAUAUGAUGUUAUUUAACAUCUAAUAUAUUAAAAAUAAAUUAUUUAAGAAAUAAAUCUUUGUCUUUUUAAACUUCUAUAAAAUUUCAUUUUACAUUUGCAUGCCAUUUGGUAGAGGAUACGAAAAACAUUACAAUGUAGUUUCCAGUAAUUGUUCUACUGUUCAGCACUUACACCCAAGUCUUGAUGUUAGAAACAACAUUAUCAGAUGAUGAAGAAUGACAGGAAUUCUUUGUUUAUUACAAUUUCUUACACUUUUUGGUUGAAUUGUAUUUUAAUCUACCUGCUAAGAAGAUUUUGACCAGCUCUUG